CUCUGCUACUGAUCAUGAACAUAAAAUCUAAUCUACUCGUUUUAGUUCUGAUCAACUUUACCAGCUUUAUAGUCUGAAGAAGUUAAACAGAAGAGUAAAUGUGAGGAGUUUUACUCUGUUCUUAUUUUGGAGAUGGACAGCAGCUCAGUUCAGGUCUUCUCCUGCUCCCUGUGUACAGUAUCCUACACAGCCCAUAAUUACCUCCACAAACACAUCAGAAGGAGCCACUAUGAGGAAUAUGUUGGGAUGCUGAGAGCAGGAGAGAUCAAAUCUGAAGACCUGAUGCCCACCAUCAGCUCCAGUAACCAGGAAACGUCCAGUUCUAAAUCUCCUCACAACCCAGUAAAGAAAGAUCAGCACUGCUCAGAUUGUGGGAAGCGUUUCAUUUCACAGAGACAACUGGAAAUACACCAGCGCGUUCACACUAAAGAGAAACCGUAUAAGUGCAACCAGUGCGGGAAGAGUUUUAGACAGUCGAAUCAUCUCGGUGUUCACAAGCGCAUUCACUCUGCUAAAAAGCCGCAUUCCGGCUUACAACGUGGAAAGAGUUUCACUCAGCGGGGACUGCUUCAGUCACACCAGCGCAUUCACACCGGAAAGAAGCCCUAUACCUGCUCGCACUGUGGGAAGAGCUUUUCAGUCACGGAUCAUCUUCGUAAACAUGAGCGCAUUCACACUGGAGGGAAACCCUACUCCUGUUCACACUGCGGGAAAAGCUUUGCUCAAAGUUCUGCGUUCAAGAAACACCAGCGCGUUCACACUAGAGAGAAACCAUAUAAGUGCAACCAGUGCGGGAAGAGUUUUAGACAGUCGAAUCAUCUCGGUGUUCACAAGCGCAUUCACUCUGCUAAAAAGCCGCAUUCCUGUUCACAAUGUGGAAAGAGUUUCACUCAGCAGGGUCUGCUUCAGUCACACCAGCGCAUUCACACCGGAAAGAAGCCCUAUACCUGUUUACAGUGUGGAAAGAGUUUUACUUACAGUAGUAAGUUCAAAAAACACCAGCGCAUUCACACUGGAGAGAAACCAUAUUCCUGUUCGCAUUGUGGGAAGAGCUUUUCAGUCACGGAUCAUCUUCGUAGCCAUGAGCGCAUUCACACUGGAGAGAAACCCUACUCCUGUUCACACUGCGGGAAAAGCUUUGCUCAUAGCUCAGCGUUAAAGAAACACCAGCGCAUUCACACUGGAGAGAAACCGUACAGCUGCUCAGAGUGUGAGAAAAGUUUUACUAGCAGUAGUGGUUUACGUUCACACCAGCGCAUUCACACUGGAGAGAAACCGUAUUGCUGUUCUUACUGUGGGAAAAGUUUCUCUUAUAUUUCUGCGUUCAAGAAACACCAGCGCAUUCACACUGGAGAGAAACCGUACAGCUGCUCAGAGUGUGAGAAAAGUUUUACUAGCAAUAGUGCUUUACAUUCACACCAGCGCAUUCACACUGGAGAGAAACCGUAUUACUGUACUUACUGUGGGAAAAGUUUCUUUUAUAUUUCUGCGUUCAAGAAACACCAGCGCAUUCACACUGGAGAGAAACCGUACAGCUGCUCAGAGUGUGAGAAAAGUUUUACUAGCAGUAGUGGUUUACGUUCACACCAGCGCAUUCACACUGGAGAGAAACCGUAUUACUGUACUUACUGUGGGAAAAGUUUCUCUUAUAUUUCUGCGUUCAAGAAACACCAGCGCAUUCACACUGGAGAGAAACCGUACAGCUGCUCAGAGUGUGAGAAAAGUUUUACUACCAGUAGUGCUUUACAUUCACACCAGCGCAUUCACACUGGAGAGAAACCGUAUUACUGUUCUUACUGUGGGAAAAGUUUUGCUUAUGGUAGAUCAUUUGCUAAACAUGAGCAACUACAUACUGGAGUGAAGCCGUAUUCCUGUUCACAGUGUGGGAAGAGUUAUGCCUACAGUGGUGCACUCAAGAAACACCAGCGCAUUCACACUAGAAAACCAUACAGCUGCUCAGAGUGUGAGAAAACUUUUACUAACAGUGGUGCUUUACAUUCACACCAGCGCAUUCACACUGAAAAGAAACCACAUUUCUGUUCUACCUGUAAGAAAUGUUUUCCUGAUCGUAGAUCAUUAGUGAAACACGAGCGCGUCCACUCUGCCGAGUAGCCGUUCUCCUGCUCACAGUGUAGGAAGAGUUUUACUGAAGAGUGGACUUUAGUAGAUACACAGGCGUGUUCACACUGGGAAGCAUCAUCACUGCACAGUUUGUGAAAAGAAUCAUCCAGAGAGACGACAUUAAGAGAAUGUUUUAAAAAAAAUCAUUUUAUAAUGAAUACAAUUAAGGUCACUGAGUCCUGUACUAGACGUUUCAGUUUCUAAUCACCUUUGGUGUGGCAGUCAAGUCUGUGUUUUAUCAGGGUCUUCCUCUUCCUCCUGUUCCUCUUCUAUCAUUUGAAUCAGUUGUCUCUAUCUUGCCCCGUCCUAAACAUCCUCCUCUGUCAUACCAGCCAUCGGCAUGUCAUCCCUCACCACACCCAUAAACCUCCUGUAUCUGUAUAGUUGUACAUAGAUUUGCCCCCCCACAGAAACACAUUAUUAUUGAGCCACAGCAAGGCAGAUGGGCAGAGCAUGAGUAUGGAGAUGUUGAUCUUACAGUGGACUUCAGUGCUCACAACACUAAUGCAGGUGCUGGUUCAGGUCAUCCUUAUAACCAACGGUCUCCAUGCGCUGUCUCUGUGUGUUUAUGUAUAGUCCUAUAGCAGCUUGUUCAUACCAUUUAUGUUAAGUGUUUUUGUAUUGGUGUCACAAACUAUGUGGCUGGAUAUUCUAUAUAAGAGUGUGUGGAUGUCUUGUCCAGACCAUCGCCAAAUACUUUCGGCUAUAUAGUGUAAAUACUUUUCGGCUAUACCUCUACUGUUGUUUCUCUAAAUAAACAAAGCGAAUCUUGAACUACCCCAUGACUACAAACUGCUUGGAACUGCAAUGGAAGAUAAGGAACACAACCUCUGGGCUUUAAUUCUUUAAAGACAAUCCAACAAAUCUUUCCUCAGUUGUUCUGUUCUAUUAUUUCAUUCAUUUUUUGAUGGAAACAUGGAGUUAAAACUUGUUAUACCAAGCAGCCACAGUAAUUGUAUUUGAACUUGUUUAACGAUUUUCCUUUGUAAAGAACUAAAUGGUUUCCUAUUUGCUUCAUUAACAGGAGAGGAGAAUAUGUGUGUCUCCUCAGUGGUUCUCACCUUCUAUGUUCAGUCUGUUUCAUCUGUAAUAUUAGUCUCUAGACCUUUUGACUAAAAGUCAGUUUAUAUGAUGUGUUAGUCCAACUAGCCUUUAUAAACAAGAUGCUUCUGUUUAAAUAAAUCCCAGAAAGGUAAAAGAUUCGGUCUACUAUCGGAGACGUACUGCAAGCACCAAUCCAACUUCUCUGCUAAUAAAAAGGUUUGAAGAUCCCACAGACACAACGUGAUUCCUCUCUAAUCGACCAACAGCUCUUUAUAUGCUCAGGAUAAACACGUACUUGGUUCUGAUAUAAGUUUAUUUACUCACCAUCAUCGAUACGUUCUACCUUUUGUGUCCCACCACCAUGGUACAUGUUAUGGUUCUGUUGUUUAUUAAACAUUGUGAUAGAAU